AUGGGGGAUCCUACGAAGAGAACAGCGGCGAUCACGUCCAUAGGCAUUCGAAUCGCCUCAAUUGUAUUUUUAAGAUGGGUCCCUUUACCCCCCUUCAUCCCGAUAAUUUACACAUUAUUUGCCAUCUAUAUCCCAUCCUUCAUCACGACUUACGCGACCGAAUCUAAAUACGACCUUAUCGAUGAGGUCGAUGUAGUUCUUAGGGAGGAUAUCUUGAAUAAAGAUGAAGUGGCUAAUGGAACAACUGACGAAGCUGUCGUAGUUGAAGAGGUAGAUGUUAAAGAGACUGCGGCAGUCGUGAAGAAACCUUUAAGGCCACUUAGCACGCUCUUAAAAGGAACCCCGAACCCGAAUAGCUUUCUUCUGACAGCGUUGACAUUCUUGCUCAACGUCGCCUGCGUCGCGAUGGUUACCGACAUGGUAUAUUCACCCCGCUGGUUCCAUCCCAGCCACGACCUUUCGUUUGCCCGCGUUGGAUAUGUCUCGGAUAAUGAGGCGAAACUACUGAUCCGCGAGCCCGAUCAGACCAAAAUGCCCAUUACUGUCCAAGUUCAUAUCAAGGAUGCGCAACCACCGUUCGACAAUCCGGUAUGGCAGGUAGCAGGUACCGUUCUGUCGACCACCAACGAGACCGACUUUACUGCAGUGGUCAACAUCCCCUUAAGCAAUUCCAAGCAGCGGGUAUACGAAUGGGCCACCUCGAACAACCAUACCGGUCAAUUCACGUCUGCUCCUAAAGCCGGUUUCCUACCGGAGCUUUUUGAUGGGAAAUUUACUUUCCUAUCUACCUCGUGUAUUGUCCCGCGCCUUCCUUACUCUCCGUUAGACCACCCCUUAGCUAUCCCAGGUAUGAAGCACUUGGCGAAGGUGUUACCAAACUUAGGCGCACAGUUCAUGCUAUUCCUCGGCGACUUCAUCUAUAUCGAAGUACCUAUGCGGUUCGGCGAGUCCGUCGAGAAUUAUCGACAGAAAUACCGACAAGUCUACGCUUCGCCCGACUGGCCAGCUGUUGGACAGAAUCUUAGCUGGAUCCAUGUUCUCGACGACCAUGAAAUCUCCAACGACUGGGAUUCGAAGUCAGCUGGUGUAUACGAAACGGCCGUGGACCCCUGGCAUCAUUAUCAAACCGCAGUCAAUCCUCCAGUGGCUAAGAAGGCUAGGGGACAGGGCAUUGCGUCGCGCAAAGGGGCCACAUACUUUUCCUUCAUUCAGGGCCCUGCCAGCUUUUUCAUGCUUGACACCAGAACCUAUCGUUCCAAGAACUCGGAACCGUUCGAUAGUGAAAACAAGACAAUGCUUGGCGACACUCAACUUGAGGACUUCCUUGAUUGGAUUCGCCGCCCGGAACCCAAGGGAGUCAAGUGGAAGAUUGUCGCCAGCUCUGUCCCAUUCACGAAGAACUGGAGAGUGAACACUAAGGAUACCUGGGGCGGCUUCUUGUCUGAGCGUCGGAAGAUUCUCGAGGCAAUGUGGGAUGCCAGCAGCCACGGCGUCGGUUUUGUGAUCUUAUCUGGUGAUCGUCACGAAUUCGGUGCUACGGCCUUCCCGCCGCCAAAGAAUAGCACAUGGUCUGAAAGUGCAACUGUUCACGAGUUCUCGGCUAGCCCUCUAAACCAAUUUUAUUCACCGAUUCCUACUUAUAAGCAGACAGAUGAUGAAGAUGUUGAGCUCAAGUACAUAAACGUAGGCAACUCCAAGUUUGGCGCGAUCACUAUCGAGAAGUUUGCGGAAGGUGAGCAGAGCAGCCUGAAGUACACCGUCUACAUCGAUGGCGAAGAGACAUGGAAUACAGUGAUCUUGUCACCGGAAUCGUUACACCCUGUGAAGGCGACAGGAGGAUCCUUCUGGGAUAGGCUUCGUGAAAUCGGAUCCCAAUUAUAA